CUAUCGUUGCGAAAAAGGAUGGGCCUAGACUUGGUUUUAUAUCUCGAAUUUGUAUGAAACAAACCACCUGUAAUUUUAAGAUAUUGGGAGUGCAAGUUAAAUACAUAACUGGUGUUAGUUGUUACCUAUAAUUUACUUGUUUUAACGACUCCGAAUAUGAAUAAUUGAAUCCAUCCCACGAGUACUUUGCGGCAGACCGUGUCAUCAUGAAAAAGAUUAGGUAACAUCACACCUAAGGGAACUGUGGCAUCAUGCAGUAUAUACAAAAUGACAUGCUCAGAGCCUGGGUCCUGGAUCAUCUCAAAAAGACAAUUUUCAUGAAGGCUCAUGAAUUGUAUAUCCAGACAAGAUGUGAGGUGUUUCUGUUGGUUAAAUAUGACAGCACAAAGAAGGGGCAAUACUACGCUUCUGGGGAGCUCCUUAAAGAGUUUGAUAGAACUGGCGUGCUGAAAUCGUGUAACUUUGAACGUAUCGUUGAUGGUAGAGGAACUACAGUUUCAGAAAAACAAACACAGUUUGGCUCAGAAAAUGACGAUGGAUGUGUAGAAGUGAAGGUGUCUGAAUCCAAGGUGACAAAUACUAAUCCCCCCACCACGCCAGUACCAACAGCUAUACUUACACAACCCAUCCAAAUGCAAGUGAACACGAAGAGCAGCACAGUUACACCAACCCCGAUGCAGAUCCAAAUGGUUGAUGAAAAGGGCAAUUUGAUACCAAACAGCAACCUAUUCCAGCUCCAACCGGUGGGCAAUGUGAUUGCAAACUCGCAGGUUCAAUCAGGAUCGAUGCAGGUUUUAAAUAACUAUGUUAUGAUGGCGAAGCCUCAGCUGCCUUCUUCCCAAAUAUCCACUUCCUCUGCUGAUAAAACUCCAUCCAGGAAGCGUGUUUCACCAAAUUCUAAGUUGAAGGCCAUUCUUCCUGCCGGUGAUUCGACACAAGCCAGCAACUAUCCAGCAGUGAAUGCUGAAACGCCUGAAGAUUCUAAAUUUGAAAUGCUAAAGAACAUCAGAGGAGAUGCCGCUAGUGAAGCAUCCACGAGCCAGACCAUAUGUGAAUGUGGAAUCUGCAACAAGACAUUCCGAAAUCCAGACGUCCUCCGUAAACACAUGAAUCGCUUCCACACGGAAUAUGUUGGUGAAGGUGGUGCAAAGGACUUUCCUGGAAGGAAUGAUCAAGGUCGCUUCCCAUGCAAUGUUUGCGGGAAAACUUACAAGUACCAUCACCAUAUGAAAGAACAUCGCCAGACUCAUGCUAAGAUCAAGCCGUUUAUCUGUAAAGUCUGCGACAAACAGUUCCAUCGUCACAGAGAACUCCGGAUUCACCAGCUUCGCCACACCAGCUUACCAAAGUACAAGUGCGCUCAGUGUAAUAAAUCUUAUUACACGUUGGCUAGCCUCAAAGAACAUCAGCACACACAUACUGGUCACAUGAUCUGUUGCCACUUGUGCGGUAAAAGUUUCGGUCAGCGGUCAAGCUUGGCUACUCAUCUCCAUCUGUGUCACAACAUUACAUUCAAACAGCAAACUGAGAAAGGACUGCUGGUUCGUGAUGAAGAAAUCAACGAAGAUGGGGAGAUCACUCCCGGUACCAUGCUCCAGAACAUCGACUCCAGUAUGAGCGAGUGUUUCUCUCAGCUGGAUUCUGUCAAACAAAAAAAUGAGAAUGAAAUAAUGGAUAAUGAGGUUUUUAGAGUUUUGCCCAAAGAAAGUAACAACAUCAUAAUCAAAGAAGAGCCAUUGGAUGCAGAGUACGAAAAAGUCCUCCUAUCCUGCUCAGUGGUAGCAGAAGAUGACGACGAUAAUGAGGAUGAGGAUGAUGCAGCUGGUUUAUUGGUUGAGAAGAUUCAGAGUUAUGUUGAUGGAGAUGAAGAUAUGAUUGGGGAAGAUGAUGAGAGGGAAGAGGGUGAUGAUGAGGUCUCGGUGAUACUGACUGCAGAAUCUGAUGGUGAGGAUGACUCGGGGAUGAAGGCUCUGGAAGAAGGCGAAAUCAGUAUGAGUAAAGUUUGUGACAUCUGCGGGAAGAACUUCAACCAUGCACAGCAGAUGCUGAUGCACCGGUGUAUACACUUCGAAACCACAAUGACGCAUAAAUGCUCAUAUUGCGAUGAAACUUUCAACGAAGCCAGUCACCUGCGGGUGCACUUGACCACUCAUGUCGGCGCAUUCACGCGUACUUGUCUUAUAUGUGGACGCGAGUUCACACGUGCAGCUGAUGUACGCCGUCACUUGCGAGGAGCAUCCUGCCGACCAAUCAGGAAGCCCAAUUUUGAAAUUAAAGAAGAUAAGUUGGACAGUUCAGGUGAUGCCAUGGUGACCUCCUAAUUGUAGUUAAGACAUACGGUUGGUAUCAUUCUCUGGGAAAGGUUGUAAAAUUGCAGAAGGAUGUCCACAUCUGCUUGUAGUCUAUAUUACUGUACUAAUAAUCAUGCACUAGUCUAUUAGUAAAAUCAAUAGAUUUAAUAUUUUUCUAAAUAUGUAUAUUAACAUAACAAUUUAACUUAUAUGAUAAUUUUUGAAACAUAAGAAGAUAUUAUGUACAAGUAAAUUUAUAGUACCACCAGUAAAGCACUUGCGUAUCCACAACAAUCAAUUUAAUUGUUUUAUAAUUACUAAUAUAUUUAAAUGUGCUUAGAGGUGACUUCCAUUUCUAGAGAAACAAGAAGAAUUUUAAAAGAUAUUUUCUGUUGUACAUAUGCUAUCAGUUUUUUAAACUCCUAUUUUGCACGCAAUGUUGAAGAUAAUAUAUUUAAAGCCCUGUCCAGACUAUCAACUUUUAUUUGACAAAAAACAUGUGACAUGCCUAAAUAUGGUCAUGAUGACAUCACAUCAUGACCAUAUAUAGGCACAUCAUGACUAUAUAUGGGCAUACAACAGUUUUUUGUCAAAGAAAAUUUGAUAGUGUGGACAGAGCUUAAGAAAUAAUCGUGUAUGUUUUGAUUGUAGGAAUAGAAUCAAGUAAGCGAGAUUCUUAAUUCAUGAAUAAUAAAAUUGAUAUAGAAAUUAGUGAACCACCAA